AUGCAUAACCUCGGAGGGCCCUCUCAAUCUAAAAGAGCGCUGAAAUUGGUGAACAGCAUGCGGUUGUACGCAUCACCGACAUGGGCAGAAAGAGCAACAGAGUACGCUAUUUGUUGGAACCUUAUGAUUCGGUCCCAGGGAUUGGCGGCACUUAGAGUGACAAGGGCGUACCACAUCGUCCCUGCUGAGGCAGCCUUAUUCUUCGUGGGAACUCCUCCAGGUGAUCUUAUCGCUUUGGAACGCAAAGGAGUUCGGAGUAAAAUGAACGACCCCGAUAGAUUGGGCUCUAAGGAUGAGAUCCGGAAAGAGGAGCGCGAUAUCCUGCUCGCUGACUGGUCCAGUAAGUGGAGGCACGGUAAGAACGCAGCUUGGACGCGUAAGAUCCUCCCGGACUUGAUAAGAUGGAUGAGAAGAUGCCCCAAAGGCCCCACGUUCCACGUAACUCAGGCUCUUACGGGACAUGGGUGCUUCAGGUGCUAUUUGUACUGGAGGAAGCGUGCCUCAAACGCGGCUUGCCCCUACUACCAGCACCCGAUGGAUACGGCUAAACACACAAUUUUCGACUGGGAAUGA